AGUUCACAUCAAGAGGGCUUGUUUCAUCGCUCAGGUUACCCAACACAAGUACUUAAUAUUGACAUAAGUUGUUUACUUAGUUAGUAUCAGCACCACACCACACCCAAUGCUGGCUACUGUAGUUUGUUUGUCCAUUGUUACAAGGAGGCUACUGAAAGUUGCACCUCCACACAAUCUGGGUUCAGGAACCUGCUCUCUCUCUCUCUCUCGCUUGAUUUUGUGCAUAUGUUUGCAGGUGUAGCAGGUUGCUUUCUACAUCGCAUGUGCCCACGAGCUCACAACUACCCACCCGCGAUGUACCAAAGCUUGUUGGGAAAAACGUAUGGUAGCUCGGGAGUCGCAUGCCUCUAGAUUUUGGGCCUUUUUCGUAAAGAGUGUGGCAGUGAUGGGUUCCGUAAUUGGAAGUAGUGUUGGUUUAUAGGAGUCUGCCAGAAUUUGUGGGAGGAUCGCGGGUUUUUGUUGUUGUUGGUCGAGUGGUUGCUUUGGGCACGAAGUGUACUUGCAAAAUGCCUGAUUGUGACUCAAGCGCUGCUAGAGAGAUCUCGCGGCAUCUGCAGGGGGUAAGCAGGGGAGCUUUUCAACUCGAUUACGGCUCAUCUUUGCUUGAGCGUUCGCGAACUAGGUUUGCCCCUCCCCUCGAAGCAUCUGCCGGGGUUUUAACCUGCCUUUCUUCUGUAAGAAGCGGUGGGAUUGUCACCCGUCCGAAUAACUCUAACUUCAUCGUCAAUAUACGCCCCUCGAAAUGGACGGACAAUUGUUUUUAUAUCACAGUGAAGAAUGAGCCAACUGCCCGAUGCAUCGCAGACGCUGUAUUCUACUACAUUGGGCGCCCAGCUUUUCACUUCAAAGGGGUCAACAAACAGUAUCCACCCCUACACGUUGGCAACCAAGAUCCGCUCACAAGCAGAGAAAUGUGCAAGGCAUAUGUGUUGCUUAUUGCCAAGGGCCCUGAAUCGUUCAGUCUGAGAUACGAUUACAGGGGACUUGUAACAGAUUUGGUGCUGAAAUUCGUCUGGAACUCUGAGGGUGUAUUGUCUCUGACGAGGUUGGCAGAUACCGCUUCAGCGACAGCUGCUUGCGACGCAGCAGCAGCAGAGGAGAGGGUCGCCGUUGCUGACAAGGAAUGUGCAAAUUCAAAGAACGAGAGUGGUUGCGGUGAAAUAUGUGAAGAGGAUAGGAAGGAGGUGGAGGAUGAAGAAUCACGAGGAGAAGAGUCAGCGCCCGUGGAAGAAGACAGUCUGUCGGAGGGGGCACUUUGGAUGUUCACAGCCUCUGCAUCUGGGUCUGAAUGGGUGAAUCCAGCGCUGUCGGACAUUAAUUCGUUCUAUGUUCCAAGCUUCGAUAUUAAUAUGGAUGGGUUGGUGAGUAGGGUGGAGAGCGUAGAGCAACGUCUCAGUGAUAUUUCUUAUCAUGUACGCAAGAAGGAAGACUCAGCAGAUGAAGAGAAAAAAAGAGAAAAAAGAGAAAGAAGAGAAUUAGAAGACAAUAUGUGGGCAGAGAAGAGAAAAAAGAUUAUCACUUGCCACCCGCGCGACUUAAAGAAGGUCAUUUUCGAAGGUUAUGAAAGAUGGGAAAUACCUGUAGUGCGAAUCUGGAAUUCUUCGUAACCUGUCAUUUGGAUACUGCGUCAUGAAAUGAGAAUUGUGAGGCUUUGUCAUGGAAUUAGUUUCGGUGAGUUUAAAGGUACGUGGACCAGGUGGAGAUUGUCCAGCUUCAUUCAUUAGAAGAGACCACAAACCAUCAUCCCAUGCAUUAUAUCCUGUAAAAAUAACUAGUGAUGGUCUUGGGCCUUUCAAGCAAUUGUUGUAACACGAUGCUGAUGUACUAGCUCGUCCUUCAUUCCGCCAACAUGUUGAUUCGAGAGUGUUUCUAGAGUACAACAUUAAAAGGCUUCUCUCUAUUUGAUUGAGAUGAAAUCCUCAGCUUUGUGAAACCACUUUUGUCGACGCUCUCUUUGUGGUAGUUCUCAGUGGUCCUUAGCACUAUAGCAAACAUCAUCAUCGAUCUCUGAUACCGAAUGAUACUCUAGCAGUAUAAUUUCUGUUCAGAAGCAGAUUUUUUCAGUGGAAUACUGUUCGCUUGAGGUGAAAUUAUUCACACUUCUAAUAUUGCAUGCUUAGAAUGUUACUAGAA